AAGUCAAAAAAGAAAACUUUUUCGGCUGUAUCGUUUACCUUCCAACCACUUUCCCUUGCAUACUCCAACCCACCAGAUCCUCAUAUCUCACACUCUCCAAUUCUCAGUGUGAGCCAUGGGAGUGAGCAACAAAUUGACAGCAAUCCUCAACUUCGUGGCCAUCCUGGCCGCUAUCCCAAUCAUCGCCUCCGGCAUAUGGCUAGCCAACAAGGCCGACAACGAGUGCACCCACUACUUCCGGUGGCCCGUCGUCAUCCUCGGUGUGCUCAUCCUCCUCGUUGCCCUCGCCGGCUUCGUCGGCGCCUACUGGAACCGCCAGGGCCUUCUGGCGUUCUACCUCUGUUGCAUGGCCAUCCUCAUCGGCCUCCUCCUCAUCCUCCUCGUUUUCGCCUUCAUCGUCACGCGCCCCAACGGCGCCUACUCCGUCCCCGGCCGAGCCUACAAAGAGUACCGCCUCGACGGCUUUUCAGAGUGGCUCAGAGACCACAUCACCAACUCCGCCAAUUGGGACAAGAUUAGGACCUGUUUAGCUGAGUCUGACGUUUGCGCUAAGCUUACCCAGAAUUACAUCUCCGCCGAUCAGUUCUUCGCCGCUCAUAUCUCUCCUCUUCAGGCAAGAUGCUGUAAACCUCCAACAGCUUGUGGGUACGGUUAUGUGAACCCAACAUUGUGGGUAAACCCGGCGAACCCGGUGGCUGACCCGGACUGCCUCUUGUGGAACAAUGACCAGACCCUACUGUGCUACAAUUGCAACUCUUGCAAGGCUGGUCUAUUGGGGAACCUGAGAAAAGAAUGGAGAAAAAUCAAUGUGAUUCUCAUUGUUGCUGUGGUUGUGCUGAUAUGGGUCUACCUCAUUGCCUGCAGUGCCUUCAAGAAUGCACAAACAGAGGACCUCUUUCGCCGCUACAAACAGGGCUGGGUUUGAUCUUCUUCGGUUGGAUUCAGAUUUUCAACAAUUUUUUGUCCUGUUGUCCAAAUUAUUAGCAAUCCGGACACCAAAAUUGCUGGGGUCUCUGUUUGUAUUGGUUCGUGUUCUUUCUUAUCCUUUGAUGAGAGUGUCUUUGUGACUAGUGUAUAUAUUCCUCUGUUGUUUUCUAUCUAGCAAGAAGAUAGACAGUUCUGAAAGCAAUUGCUGCAAAAGGAGUUUUCAGAUUAUUCUGACUACUGGCUCUGUGUUAAGAAA